AUGGCGCCCAGGAGCCUUACCCUCCUCGCCGCCCUCCUCGUCGCCGCCGCCGCCGCCGACCAGGUUGGUGCCGGCGUGCCGGCGCCGGCGGGCGUGAGUCCCCUAGUUGGCUACGAGAUCAUCUACGGCAGAGUGCCGUGCCGCAACGGGAGCUCCAUCGACGGAAAGGCGGGCCCGCCGUUCCCCAACGCCACCGUGGAGCUGGUGUGCCGCGAAAACCCCGCCGUCAGGGUGCUCAACAUGACGACGGACGCCGCCGGCCGCUUCGGCGUCUACACGGUCAAGAUCCCCAACAUCGACGGCGUGCUCCACGACGCGCUGCACGACCGGUGCAGGGUGGUGGUGAUCACCCCUCUGGCCGCCUGCGACGAGUCCCUGGCCGGCGUCACCGGGAGGCUGACCGCGCCGCUGAAGCUGCCGCCGCACCCGCCCAUCGGCCUCGGGGUCGGCUUCUCCCUCGUCUUCACCGUCGGGGCCUUCUCCGUAGUCUAGAUCAUGAUCCUCGGCUGGAUCGGAGAUGCAUGCAUAUCUGGCCGCGGUGU